AUGGAUGCGUUUUAUAUAGCUGCAUUAGAAAACUUAGAACGGCAAGAAAAUGCAGUAAACUACCGAAAGCUUAGUCACAAUGUCAUAAACAUAUUAACUCCUCAUAUGACAGAAGCAACAAGGACAUCUGCCUUAAAUAUACAGACUAAAGUAUUCAUAGCUUUGAAUUUCUUUGCAACUGGUUCCUAUCAACUUCCCUUUGGGAACAGUAAUUUAGCGAUUGUUUCCCAGCCAACUGUUUCAAGAGCGAUAUAUGAAGUAGUUAAUGCUUUGAAUCAACCAGAAAUUUUCAAAUAUUGGUGGGAAUUAAAAAUUGUACACAUAUUGGAAUAUUUCCUCCCAAAACCGAUGAUCCUGUUCAUCCUGAAUACUGAAUACAUUUAUGCAAAUAGGAAGAACUAUCAUAGCUUAAAUGUUCAGCUAGUCUGUGAUUCUGACAUGAAAAUAAUAAAUGUUUCAGCAUUAUUUCCUGGGAGUGUAAAUGAUGCUUAUAUAUGGAACAACUCUCUACUUGAACCUACACUCAGGAGAAUAUAUAAUUAUAAUCCUGAAGAAUUUUAUCUUUUGGACGAAUUGGAUAAUGGUUACCCACCGAUUGGUGGUGGUCCAAGUGUGGCCUUACAAGGUGAAAACCGAAAUUCUGUUAUUUAUAGAGAUGCCGUUGGUUAUGAGUACCAUAUGAAUUGGGAAGUACGCGAUACCAGAUAUCUACGAUGUGCCAGAAGAUACGCUGGUUGUAGAGUGACAGCACAUAUGGGGUUAGAACCAGGGGCACCAAUAAGUCUUGGAAAUCGACAACAGUUUCACCAUCCACGUUCGUUAGAUGUAAGACUAUUUCUCAAUGUAUUGAGAGAACGCGGUGGUCGAGAAAAUGCUACUCCAGCUCAAAUUUAUAAUGAAGUAGCACCACAAAAUGUAAGAGCAGCAGUUGUUGUUGGUAGACCAGCUGCCAUUCGGACUAUAGCCCGUGCUAGAGGAAGAUUGAGCCCACCAAUCCCCGAAUCUCUUCAAGAAUGGGCAGAUAUUAUAAAUCUCCGUACCAUCUGCAUAGACGGUACAUAUCAAGUGCGUCCUAAUCAUCCUGCUGACAUAGCACAACUCAUUACUGUACAAGUUAGGUUAAAUAAUGUUGCGAUUCCGAUAGUCCAUGGGUUGCUGGUAGAUUCUACAACCGAAUCAUAUUGUAGACUUCUGCAAUUCAUCCGUAAUGAUUUGCAACUUAAUUUUGAGUAUCAAAAUCUGCGUGUCAUUACGGAUUUUGAACAAGGUUUAAGGAAUGCAGUAAUGAUGGUGAUGCCUGAAAGUAUGAAUACAGGAUGUUGGUUUCAUUACAUCAGAAGUAUAAUCCGAUUCGUUCGAUCUAACCAUUUGGCAAGAUUGUGUAACACCAAUGCAAAUGCCCGAAGAAUAGUGAGAAUGUUGAUGGCUUUACCACAUUUACCAUCUGAUAUGGUAGAAUACUAUGGGAACCAGUUUUCUAUAAGCCUAGGUUUCUUGAACAUUCAAAAUUUGGUAAAUCAGUACAACUUGAACAAUGAGUUGAAUGUUCUGAUUAUAUACUUCCAGCAUUAUUGGAUGGACAUUGUGGGUCCUCCAAGAUUUUCAGUAUAUAGACUGCGGCAUAGGACCAAUAAUUUUAUUGAGUCGUACCACGCAUCACUUUUACGCCGUAUGGGACAACAUCCGCCUUUAUAA